GGUAUUUUGGGGUCCAAGACUAAUGAAAUUGCAUGUACAUGCAAUCAAUUUUCAGGUACCCUACUUGCCUACCUGCGGAUGGAGGUGUAUUGCGUCACGAUAUCGAGGCAGUUUUUCUUCUUGUCAACACCCAACUGCAAACAUACUGCAUCCUCGUUGAUCCUGUUCUAAACUGAGGAUAAAUUCCGCCUCGCCUGCUUCGUCUACGGAUUUGAAACAAACAGCCAAAUCCCCUCUUUGCAAGUCAGAGUUGCACCGUGGUUUAUGAAGCGUCAUCAAUGACAACCUAUACUACGGGACAUUAUGGAACAACGACAUGAAAACGGCGCAGUAAACAACGACAAUCCAAUCCCGUACUGGCGGGGCUGCGCGGUGGACACGACCCAGACCAUAGAUUGCAACCAAUGGUCGUGGCCGCUUGCGUUCCCAAACACCUUGCCGCUCGAGUAUCACAAUGAUACCGUCUCGGACUGGUCCCAGCUCCUUAAUGCUGCAGCUGAUUCGGUAAACCAACUCGACAGUCACGACCAAAGAUCACCUGGCUAUGAUGCCUUUGAAUCUGUUUUAUAUGCCGACGCUCCAUCAUCGGAAAAAUUCAGUCCGAGCACAGCAACCACUCGCACUGCUCUUCCCAUAAUACCAUGCAACGAGAAUCAAUGGUCACCACAUGCAAUUUUUGAAAGUGCCAUGACGGCAGGGCAGCUAACAACCUGUGAUAAUAUCAAAAUGGAGUCUGAGCCGCUUCACAGCUACUCUGAACCUCGGCCUGCCCCUCCACAGCAUCCAGAUAGCCCGGAAACAGCGUUGGGGGAUGCAGAGCUAGUGACACCGCCCCCACCGUGGCAGGCAGACACUUUGAUGCCGCACCAAGGGCAGGGGCUCAACCUUGCAGCAACAUCGCAGCCACUGGCCGUCUGCGGGUGCGCUGAAUCCCCCGCCAGCACGCCAACCACUCUACCAUCGUCACUAGAUGGGAUCCAGAUCCAGUACCUGUCCGAGUCCGAGUUGAAAAAGAACGACCUGCGCCGGAGGAACAGGAUGGCUGCCUCCAAGGCCAGGGGGUUGAAGAGGGAGGUGGCUAAACAAGAGAGCUUUGGGGUCCGCUUGUUUGUCGACUAUAUAUAGGGAUCCUGCAAAGUGGGCGACAAAUUAUUAAUUGCUACACCAAGAUUGGCCCUACCACUCCAAAAGCCGCAUGUAUUUUUGCGUCAACUCUCUGUUUUCAACCAUGCAUAUUUCCUUCAAUUCAAAAGGUAAUUCAAAUCGGAAAAGUGUAGCUUGUUUGAAAAAGGACCCUGUGAUAUCGUUA